AUGUCGAAUUACAAUAACAACAACUACUACGAGGACAACUCGUAUGCCUACGAUGGAUACCCAGCCACCGCAUCCUAUGCUCCUCCAACCAAUAGCAACGCUAACGGCAUUUCCUCAUCAGCAGCACCCUUUGUAUAUUCUCAACAAUCAAGCACAUUUGGACCAGCAUUUCCCGACUUUACUCUAGUAGGCAACGACGGAUAUGACGACUCAAGCCACUACCAAUCUGCCGCUGCCUAUCCUGCCGGAUACAAACCAUCAUUAGCAUCACAAGCUGCUCUUGAAUUGGUUUCUGCUACCUCUGGACAACGAGGAGUCGGGCCAAUACAUGGUACCAGUCAUAUCCCAUCACGGCCUUCUCCAUAUGGGUAUCCAGCUUCUGCUGCAGCAUCAUCGUCAACAGCAGGAGGUGCUGAACAAGCUGAUGAUGUGAAGAAGAAGAAUAAGAAGAAGACGCUGAGAGUUGCUGGUGGUGAACUUUGGGAGGAUGAGACUUUGCAAGAGUGGGAUCCAAAUGAUUUCAGAAUGUUUGUUGGAGACUUGGGAAACGAAUGCAAUGAUGAUAUGCUGACCAAAACGUUCAAUAAGUAUACAUCCUUCCAAAAAGCACGUGUGGUACGAGACAAAAAGUCGGGGAAAACAAAAGGCUAUGGGUUUGUCUCCUUCAAGGAUCCAAAUGACUUUACGUUGGCUAUGCGUGAAAUGAAUGGCAAGUAUAUUGGCAAUCGGCCCUGCAAGUUGAGGAAGUCAACCUAUGCGGAUCGAAACGUUACAGUAAAGAACGUGAAAAAGACCAAAGAUGGAGUCAUUAUGAAGCCAGCGUCUAUGAGACCUGCCUUCACCAGUAAUUAA